GAGUCCCGCGCAUGCGCACAUCUUCACGCUGCCGCCGGAGCCGGUGCUUCUGAGGAUUCAACGGUGGCAAUGUCCGAGCUUCCCGGAGAGACCAGGAUCCCGGACCUGAGCCCCAUGCACGGCGUCGGCGACGUCCUGCAGGCGGGACUGGGCGGAGGCAAUCGGGUCCCCGAAGCCCAGGAUGACCCGCUGGCCACAGCCUCCCAGCCCAUGGCGCCAGCCCCGGGCCUGGCUCCCGGGCAGUUCCCCGGCGUGGCGGGCCUGAUGGCGAUCCCGCACGUCCACGCGCCGCUCCUCCUCCUAGAGCUGUACGAGCAGCGGAUGUUCCAACACUACCUGCACACCAACCCCCUGAUCCCCACCAGGCUGCUCCACGACAUCGAGGAGCGCCGCCGGCUGUUCGUGGAGGGCUGCAGGGCCAGGGAGGCGGCCUUCGACGCCAACCCCCCGCAGAUGGACUCGCACGCCCGCGCCUUCAUGCUGGCGCUCACGGCCACCGACGCCCGCGGCCCCACCGCCGACUGAGAGGUGGCCUUCGCCUCUAACCUCACGAGGGAGGAGGCCGGAGGACCGGGACUUCAAGCACGUAGCGACUUGGAGGCCAGCCUGGGCUACAGGAGACUCUGUCUUUUAAAAAUUAAAAUAAAAAUUUAAAAAAGAUCGGUGGCCAGGAAGUCAGGUGACUCUCAGGAUCAAGGGCAAAGGCAGAUGUCUGGGCAGAUGUCAUGAGGUGGGGAAUCCAAGCCAGAAUCCAGCCCUGGGCAGGGUGGAAUGAAGCAGGCCCCGAAAGAGAUGGGCACUUUUGAGGCUUGAGGCUGACAAGCGAAGAAGACUCUUGUGACUGUCAGCAAUCUUUCCCUCCCUGCAUUUGUUGAAAAUCAUGGUUGCUACCCUGUGAAGGACGAUGGUUUUGCAAAGAUGAAGAAUUAUCAAUGAAAAAGACCAUAGAAAUCAGCGGAGAUGCGGGAAGAAACCAGGGGUUGUGCUUGUUAGAGUCAGUUGCUCCCGGAUUUUACUGGAGUAAGAAGAAAGCUGUAAACAACUCGGACAUUUCAGAAUUGAGGGUCCGUCUCAUCGUCAGCUGACAAGAUCCAUGUAGCGUUACUUCCUGUGUUUGAUGGUCUGUAGACGAGUUGUAAAUAUUCAGAUAGGGAAAAUCAUGUAUGUGUUGUGAGAUGAAUAUUUUUCCAAACCUUGUGUAAUUGUAUCCAUGAGGAAAUGGAUGAGUUAAUAUUUAAAUGAUACAGACACAAGACUCAGAUUACACAAAAAGACACUAUGGGAAGUUAAACUUCUCUGCCAAAUUGAAAAUAGGUGUCCAUACAGAUUUGUGUUUUCAAACAGUUUUAUAAGGCGUAUAUGAACUGGUACCAGUCUACUUAUCUCCCAAUCCUGCGUGCUGAGGAUGGACCCCAAACCCUCUUGCCCCUGCUCCCACUCCUUCUGAAGCAAGAUAGGGUAGGGUUUUGGCUCAGUGGUUAAAGGUGUUUGCUGCUAAGCCUUAUUACUGAAUUUGAUCCCUGGACCUAAGAGGUAGAAGAAUCCACACCCAUUUCCUCUGAGCACCACUGGUGCACAUACACAUGCAAUGUAAAAAAUCUACAUAGUACAUAUAUCAGCAUCUUGGGGUUUUAUAUGUUCCGUUAUCAUGGAAGCAAUUCUGUUUUUUUUUUUUUUAAUGACUACUAUUUAAGUCUGUAUCAACAUAUUUAAUGAAUUGGUUGUCUUCUGGA